AAGAGAGUGGAAAACAGAAAAAGUUAUCCCGCCCAAUAUAUUUUUCCUCUUUGGAGCCUUUCAUGCUUUCAUCUCUUUUGCUCACGCAGACCACCCAACGUCAACUGAAACGACGAAAGACGACGCUUUCAUCUCUUUUGUUGCGAUACCCACCCACGUCCUGUCUCACACGACUGCCGUUCAACGGACGACGUCGUCUCUGUCCAAUCGCUAACGCUGAAGCUCUGGCACCAUUGUUGUCUACAAUAGAACGCACCAUCGUCUACAAGGGUUUCGCUUAGGGUUCUUAGUCUACCAGCUCGUCUGAUUUCUACUGCUAUUAGACCCUUGUAGCUAACGAUUCAAGGGUCCCUUGAAUCAAUUGGAAAAUGAAGAAAAUGACAGCUUUGGGUUUUGAGGGUUCAGCAAACAAGAUCGGUGUUGGGGUUGUAACUUUAGAUGGCAACAUUUUGUCAAACCCACGUCACACCUACAUUACACCUCCUGGUCAUGGCUUCCUUCCUCGUGAAACUGCACAACACCAUCUCCACCACAUUCUUCCAUUGGUUAAGUCUGCUCUGGAAACUGCAAAAAUUACCCCAAAGGAUAUUGACUGCCUUUGUUACACCAAAGGGCCUGGCAUGGGAGCUCCUCUUCAGGUUUCUGCUGUUGCUGUGAGGGUUCUUUCUCAGAUUUGGAAUAAGCCUAUUGUUGCUGUUAAUCAUUGUGUUGCACAUAUUGAGAUGGGAAGGGUUGUAACUGGUGCAGAUGAUCCUGUUGUCUUGUAUGUUAGUGGUGGGAAUACUCAGGUGAUUGCUUAUAGUGAAGGAAGGUAUAGAAUCUUUGGGGAGACUAUUGAUAUUGCUGUUGGAAAUUGCUUGGACCGGUUUGCAAGAGUCCUAACACUAUCCAAUGACCCAAGUCCUGGAUACAAUAUUGAACAGCUUGCAAAGAAAGGAAAACUUUUUAUUGAACUUCCAUAUGUUGUCAAAGGGAUGGAUGUAUCAUUCAGUGGGAUAUUGAGCUACAUCGAAUCAACUGCUGAGGAGAAGCUAAAAAGUAAUGAGUGUACUCCUGCUGACUUGUGCUACUCUCUGCAGGAGACUUUGUUUGCUAUGCUUGUGGAAAUAACAGAAAGAGCCAUGGCUCACUGUGACAAGAAAGAUGUUCUUAUAGUCGGUGGUGUAGGUUGUAAUGAGCGCUUGCAAGAGAUGAUGAGAAUAAUGUGCUCUGAGAGAGGUGGAAGGCUAUUUGCAACUGAUGACCGUUACUGUAUUGAUAAUGGGGCAAUGAUCGCAUAUACUGGUCUUCUUGCUUGGGCACAUGGUGAUUCGACACCAUUGGAGGAAGUAACAUUCACCCAACGGUUUCGAACUGAUGAAGUACAUGCAAUCUGGAGAGAAAAGGCUUUGACUAACGGAAAGGAGCUUAUGGAAGAAGAUGUCUAAGGCAUCUUUGUUCUCUUCAAAAGGUGAUACUUAGUAUGGCAAUGAGAUGUUUUGUAAGCUUAGUGUAUCUGGUAUAAUUCUAUUUCCAUUUUUCAUGAUGGCUGGAGUUUUAUAGAUAAGCAGCACUAACGAAAAAUUUAGCCAAAUGGUCUUUAGAAUAUAACUUGUACUCUUUAUUGAUCCGUUUGUCCUUGAAAUCUUGAUGGUCAAUGGAAUGAACAAAUGUAUUUAUUAUAAAUUGAGAAGUAGGGUGUACAUUCACUUAAAUACGUUCACAUUUGUUUCAAAAGAUAUAUGUAUGUGUAUAUAUAAUGCUCA